AUGCCGUCUUUGAAUGGGGCGGCCACCGUGCCCAAAGUCGCCACUCGACAUCCCUUGGAACAACUGAGCGUCGACGAGGUCGAGAUAGCUCGUCAGGCCGUUCUUGACGCCCGCAAAACUUUCGGUGUCCUGUUUCGUAACAUCUAUGCGGUUGAACCCGCAAAGGCCCAGCUGGUCAAAUUUCUGAACGCCGAGCACGCUGGUACUCUCUCACCAGACACUCCUCGACCACCACGUCAGGCUCGUGUACAGUAUGAUACAAUCUCCGAGGAUAGAAGCCACGAAUUACUAGAGUCCAUCGUUGAUCUGACCUCGGGCAAGGAGGUCGAACUUCGAAAGGCUCCCACCGUCGCCCAGACCGCCCUCAUUAAGGAUGAAUUUGUCGAGUUCACCGAGGUCUGCGUCAAGUCCGAGAAAUUCAAGCAAGCCAUUCAGGAAUUCAACCUCGAUGACAAAUAUGAAAUCGCUAUCGACCCUUGGCCAUGUGGCGGUCCCAAUCCGGACGAUGUUGAGCCUCGAUACACCCAAGGCUUGAUCUACGCCAAGUUAAAACACGAAAAUCCAGAUACCAACCACUACGGCUUCCCUCUGCCCAUCAUCCCAGUCAUGGAUACAUUCAAAAAAGAAAUCAUUCGUAUUGAUCGCCUGGCUACUGGUGGCACUGAGGAUGGCUUGGCAUAUGGCACAGGCCCCAAAGAUAUCCUGGGUCAUUGCAAGCCCGUCGAAUACGUUCCUGAAUUACUUGAUACUCCCCUCCGGACAGAUCUCAAACCGUUGAAUGUUUCCCAACCCGAUGGCCCUUCGUUCACCGUCUCCGAUGAUUCACUCAUCGAAUGGCAGAAGUGGAGGUUCCGAGUCGGCUUUACACCCCGCGAGUGCGCCGUCCUUCAUGAUGUUCACUACGAUGGAAGAAGUGUGCUGUACCGACUGAGUUUGUCUGAGAUGACUGUCCCCUAUGGCGAUCCGCGUCCACCCUUCCACCGCAAGCAAGCUUUCGAUUUUGGUGAUGUCGGUGCUGGACGUGCCGCCAACAAUCUCGAACUUGGUUGCGACUGCCUGGGCGUCAUCAAGUAUCUCGAUGCGGUGCUGGUAGACUCUGAAGGCAAGCCUUCGGUAUCCAAGAAUGUGGUCUGCAUUCAUGAACAAGAUAACGGUAUUGGUUGGAAGCACACCAACUUCCGAACCAACAGAGCCGUGGUCACCAGAUCAAGAGAAUUGGUUGUGCAAUUUAUCAUUACCCUCGCCAAUUAUGAAUAUAUCUUCGCCUACAAAUUGGAUCAGGCUGGCGGUAUUACGGUCGAGACUCGAGCGACUGGCAUGGUCUCAGUCGUCAACAUUGAUCCAGGCAAAACCAGUCCCUGGGGCAAUGUCGUGUCUCCCGGCGCAUUGGCUCAAAACCAUCAACACAUUUUCGCAAUCCGAGUUGAUCCCGCCAUCGACGGCCACGAGAACACGAUCAUCACGGAAGAGUCGCUCCCAAUUCCCAUGAAUCCCAAGACCAAUCCAUGGGGCAACGGCUAUGAAAUCGUGCGUAAGCCAGUGACCAAGUCCACGGCAAUUCAUGCGUCUCCGUUCACGAACUUGAAUGUCAAGAUCGCAAAUACGAACAAGAUAAACCCGAUUUCUCAACGACCAGUGGCUUACAAGUUCACCCCUAUGCCCACUCAAUUGAUGUUGGCCGAUCCUCAAUCGAUUGUCGCGAAACGAGCAGCCUUUGCCCAGCAUCAUGUCUGGGUCACCAAGUACAAAGAUGAAGAACUCUUUGCAGCCGGCGAAUUCACCAACCAGUCCCAACUCGAGAUCGGCGGCGUGGCAGAUGCCGUUGCGCGCAAUGAGGAUGUCGAGAACAACGACGUGGUGGUCUGGAAUGUCUUUGGCCUCACACACAAUCCUCGUGUCGAAGACUGGCCUGUCAUGCCAGUGGAGAUCCAUCAAUUCCACCUCAGGCCUGCAGACUUCUUUGAUAGAAAUCCUGCUCUCGACGUACCGGGUCAGAAGAACAUUAGCAGUGUUGAAGUUGGCCGCAACGGAAGUGCUGCAGAUUGCUGUCAUAAUGGUGCUACUAAUGGCACGGAAAGUGCGAAUGGGACGGUCCAGGGCGAACCGACAUCACAUCGACAAGGGUCCGUGGCUGUCCCCGUUGAACAGUUGAACGGCCAUUAA